AUGAAGGCGUUUUUUCAGAUAGCAAUAUGGGUUUGGUGGACUGUCAUGAUCAUGCCAGCAUUGGUGUGCCAGUCAGCGAUAGAAGAAACAAAGGCACUCAGUUACAACAGAAUAACCUUCAACUUUGAAGGUGCUACCACCAAAACCUACUCGGAUUUUAUGACAUCACUUCGAAAUCAACUCAAAAGUGGAUCAGUGCAAGGAUUACCAGUGACGCGGAAAACAGUAAAAGAUACCGAACGAUAUCUUUUAGCGGAGCUCAAAAUUAACAAUCAAAAUUCUGUCACACUAGCAAUAGACGUCACCGAUUUGUAUGUUGUGGCUUAUCUUGAUAAAUAUCAAGGGAAAGAUCGCGUGAAUUUCCUUCGUGAUGCUCCUAAAGUUGCUCGGGAUAAUCUUGUUGACAAAGGAGCAACAGUUAGAAAUAUUGGUUUUGGAGGCAGCUACAGAGAACUUGAAGGGGCUGCCACCGGUAGACAGAACAUUGAAUUGGGAGUUACCAAACUACAAUAUGCCGUCCAGUCAGUCUCUGGGAAAGCACCGGCCAGUCUCACUAAGCAAAUUGAAGGUAAAUUUUUUAUCAUUUCCAUCCAAAUGAUUUCAGAGGCAGCAAGAUUCGAAUAUAUAUUGAAGAAGGUGCUCGAAAAGGGAAUAGACGGAUCAUAUAAACCCGAUCCUAAAACGCUUAACUUAGAGAAUAACUGGGGCAAGAUAUCUGAAGCUAUUCAUAAAUCCAGUAGCGCUGGAAUCAUUUCCCCAGCACUUCAAUUAAUCGAUGCCAAUAACAAACCUUGGACCAUUAAUAACGUGAAAGAAAUAGCUCCCGACAUUGGGCUCUUGAAGUUCAAAGGCUAG